CGUAACCCAUUUAUGGAUUCGUUGGUGCCUUCAAAGCCUGGUAGAGCCACAGGUGGACUAACUCUUUGACUUCAUGAGAGGGAAAUAAUUUUGGGGGGACACUUUCUGGCCGCCAUCGACCCAGGUGGAGAUGUCUGAGGAAAAUCUGGGGGAAGAAUCGGGCAGCUCCCCAGUCUCUCCUGUGGACAGCCUGAGCAACAGCGAGGGGGAGCUGGACAGACAGCCGAAGAGAUGUGGGAGGAAGAGGAGACCGAGCAGGAAAAAUGGGGAGGACUCAGAUAGCCCGACCCCUGGGAAAAGAGGGAAGAAGUCCAGCAGCAGCAGCCCCCAGUCUUUCGAGGAGCUCCAAUCGCAGCGGGUCAUGGCCAACGUCCGGGAGCGACAGAGGACCCAGUCUCUAAACGAGGCUUUCGCGGCUCUGCGGAAAAUUAUCCCCACUUUACCCUCGGACAAACUCAGCAAAAUACAGACCCUAAAACUUGCAGCCAGAUACAUCGACUUCCUCUGCCAGGUGCUGCAGAGCGACGAGCUGGACUCCAAAAUGUCAAGCUGCAGUUAUGUGGCUCACGAGAGGCUGAGCUACGCCUUCUCUGUGUGGAGGAUGGAGGGCGCUUGGUCCAUGUCAACAUCUCACUAGCACCUGGAGAAAUCAUGCCCAAAAUGAGUUUCGUGACUUAGCGAAUGCCUUAUUUUACCUACAGGUGACUGCUGAAUCUACUACUCACAUUCUGAAAAGGGACAAUCUGGAGUCCAAUGCUGGAUACAUGGGAUCGCCUUACGGCAUCAGAAGUUUUGUGCAGAGGCCCGAAAGGGACUCACAGCCGUGUGUUUUAGCUCCAUACACCCCAAUUCUGGUGUGUUUUCGUGCUGUUGACGACGAAUGUUUAAAAUAUCGCCUUUUUUAAAUGCAUGCCUUUGGGCUUUAUUUCUGUGGAGGUCAAAGUGCAUUAUUGAAGUCUCAGUUUUUUUGUUUUUUAUUUUUCUCGUUUUUGUGUGUGUGCGAGAGAGAGGGAGACUGUCAGCUGGUGGUGUAGCUCACAUUACAGGCUGACUUUGUGGAUCUAACCUGUGCAAAAAAAAAUAUUUUUCAGAAUGCAUUUAUUUAUUUAUUGAUGAAACGUGUUACAUUGGAGAAUAGAUCCUGUGUCUGAAAUAAAUACGUUCCUAUUUUUUAUUAUCGUUUUUUCAGUUUUGUAAAUGUUUGUAUAUAACUUUUUUUGCAUUAAAAAAAGACGAUGAAAGCUGCUUGCAUUUGACUCCCUCCCCCCUCCUUCUUUUUACCCAGCGUGCUUGCCAGUGAGGAGGGCGAAACUACUGCCAAGUAAAGCACGCUUACAUUUGAUAGUCAACAUAAAUUACAUAUGAAAUAAAUUAGCUUUCAUACAUCACGUGGAGGGUGAUUGCAUUUGCAUAUCCAUCAAUUUAAUGGUAAAACCUCCCACUAUUGCCAGCUAGGAAAAACAGAUGGAGUUAUUACUGGCAUGGAUAGAAGUGUUGGAUAUAUGGGGGUUUUUUUAAUUAUUAUUAUUUGUUGCACAUCCAAAAAGAAAAUAAUAUUUUUUUUAAAUCAUGGUUUGUUACGCUUCUCACAUAUAACUAAAACUACUUAAGGAAAGGUUGAGG